AUGCGCGCCUCCUUGAUAUCAUUUAUUGCUUUUGCCAGCUACGUCUGGGGUCUUCCCACUGCUUCGCCAGUUCGAGGUCAGAAUUCGAAUUGUUUCCCGUUUGGAAGUGCCUCAUUCAAUGGCUCCCUCAAGGCACCCAACACGACAAGGAAGGAGUGGUGGUGCCCUCAAUCUAUGACAUACGGUUUCCUUGGCUUCUCCUAUCCUAUGGAAGGAGAGUGCUAUGAUGACAGCUUUGACCGCAUCAACGCCGACUUGCAACGCCAGAAACGUGAUUUCGGCGCAAGUUUGAUCAGAGUUUACCUUCCCUAUUGCUAUACCACCUAUCUUUGGGAGAACCUCAUCAAAGCAGCUGUGGCCAAUGAUAUGGGAGUCGUUGCGCAAGUCGCUUGGCCUCUGAACGGCGAUCCACUCGAAUACUGGCAGAAAAUUGCCGCCUCCAUAAUUGAGAUCCUCUCAAACAGCACUUACAAGGAUAUUGCACCCUACGUGUUUCACAGCAUUGAAUUCGGCACGGAACCAAUUGGUGAUCAGGACGACGGUGACAACUUCAUCAAUGACCUCGUUAACUUCAAGGCGGCAGUUAGACCGUAUGGUAUCCCAGUCGGUAUUAGCGAAGAUUGGGACCGUCCCGGGAUCAUGUGUAGCAAUUACACGGCAGGGCAAGCACCAGGUCUCGGGCCCACUGGAAAACAAAUCCUUCCGCAAAGUGACUUUGUCCACGCUCAUAUUAUGCCAUACUAUCAUGGAUACAACAUAUCUGGAUCAUGGAACUAUAUCAGUGACCAGGUGCACUGGUACAAGAACUACACCGCUGUUCCACUCGUAAUCUCUGAGACACAAUGGGCUUGGGAGCUCAACGUUCUACACCAAGGAAGCAAAGACAUUGGCACACCACAGUACACGACGUUCUGGAAGACAUACGACGAGAACUGCCAGUUCUUCAAGAAGAACAACGUCGGCUGGUUUUUGCAUGCGUGGAAGUGGGAGGGAACCUUCAACAUGGUCACCCCGAAUGGCUCAUAUGCGAUACCGAAUUGGACACCGCAAAAGUGCUAG